AUGUCAGCCCAUUCUUAUCAUAUUCCCGUGAACAAAAUCGUCUCUCAGACACGAAAGACGGAGCCAGUAACUACUAUAGUCUCAACUUCACCUCCAGACGUCGCGGCUAAAACCAUAAACCCAUUACCAACAACCACAAUAGCGCACCUUGAAAAUAUUUUUGAAGCGGUUAAGAAACAGCCUGUUGCACAUCCCUCAAAACUUCAACGUAUCGAGCAAACUUUUGAUAUUUGGAUU